AUGAAUGAAGCACGUCGUCACAAAACUGACAUCGUUAUUACCUCACAGACCUAUCUCCAGGUCUCCCCCGGCUUCGAAGAUAUCCUAGCUUUAUGGGACGCGUACCAUAAUACUAAUACUCAAAGAGUAUGUGUACCGCUCAUGUUGCUCGUUGCAGAUUUACUAAGACACACGCCGGAAGACAGAACUGCCGAGCGAGGAUUCAUACAUUUGCAGCUAGAUGGACUUGCACGAAGCAUCCUGCAGCGACGCAUGCGUGCUGUGUAUUCUCAUCUCAAUAGCAGCAUCCGGAUCAGACAAAAGUGUGCGAUGACACUAUGCAUAUCAAUAACGGCGCGCAGCCGACAGCUAGCCUGGGAUGUCUUCCGCAACCUUGAUUUUACUUUAGCAGCUUUUGCAAAACUCUCUAAACCGCCGCGCUACCAAAUCAAUUGUACUUGGGACUCAACCACGGAAACAAGAAGCUCACACGAUGCAUCAGCCCUACCUACGCGCCACAUUUUCGUGGAGUUUGUCAUGGUGCUUUUAAGCUCCGGUGAUGUGUCUCUCCUACGGUGUGUCCUUACCCAAAAGGUGCUUCUCGGGAACGUGCUAAGGCACCUGGCCAGUGAUCCAGUCCCUCUAGCUUCACGCGUACUGCGUGUGAUGUGUGACAAUGUGAUAGUGGAUGGUAGUGGUGUAUCAGUGCGUUUGCAGGCAGCACUGUUUAGCGACAGAGUUUUGGGACAGAUCGUUGCUAUCAGCGGCAGGCAAGCAGAAGCUGUUUCUGGGACAAAGGGUAUCAGUAAAGCUGCAUGUGCUGCUGAGCUUGCCCACAGCUUGCUGCUGCGAUUAUGCACUGAUCCCGUUCAUGGAUUUCGCCGAGAGAAUGCUUCCGGCCGAUUUGUUGGCGCAAAAGAGGAAAUUAGUCUGGGAUCUAUGUCUGAGGGACACUUGCAAGCUCGGGGGGCUGUAAAAUCAGGAAAAGCUUCAUCGAUAACGAAAAUAGAAUAUUCAUCCCCCGUUAUAAACGCAAUCACGACUGGAUACGCUAGGGAAGUUGAUGAGCGCAACGAAACAGUUUUGAGACUUUUGAGGAAAUUAAAGCCUACAGAGAGUCGCCGUCAUGCUGAGAUGCUCCUGGAAGUUUGCAGCAAACAACCAAACAUAGCUGCCUCUUACAUUCCACAUGCCACAUAUUCGCUUGAACCACGACUUUCUUGGUCCUGGAUCACUGCCUCUUUGCUUGUUGGGAAUUUGGCUGUGGCUGCGAGCGCAUCAAAUGUGUACCCAGUGCUAAAAAAUUCGACACAUGACACGCGCGCGGGAGAGUUGGAGGGAGUUUCAAUUGUUCGUUCAGUGCUACCAUCUUCCUUGACAAAAGUUGGGUUGUCCAGGGGUCUGCAACAUAGCUCAGGACUUGUGCGGCAUGCUACGCUAUCCUUGAUCAUGCACAUACUGCGUGCAUUCCAUGCUAGAAUCUCGCACUUAGCCACCAAUUAUGCAGGCGUAGAUCUUUGGGGUCACGCCAUCUGUGAUAAGAGGAUAUACUUCAAAACACUGAUUCAGCAUGCCCGUCGGACUUUGGUAUCAAUUCUGCCAGAGCCGAAGAAUAUCCUGACUGUUCGCGCCGCAUGUGAAUGUCACGAUGCUGACCAUUUUCAUAAAAUGCACUUGAGCCUACUCCACUUACCUGCUCUAAAUGCACUAGCAGGAAUGUUCGACUUGACAGGAUUGGAAGGGCUGGGAGAGGCUCAGGUUGAUUCUGUCCGCUUGCUUCCAGUGGUUCCGCUCAAGCUUUCUACCCCAGAGCUUGCUGCGAAUCUAGACGUAAUCGCUGCAAUGCUCAACGUGCGACGAUGUGAUAGUCACGUACAUAGCGCUGCAGCUCAAGUUGCUGUAGAGACCAGGAAGGAGACUCAGGAGA